CAAAAACAGGAAUUAACUCGUCACAUGAUGAUUCACACUGGUGAAAAGCCGUUUUCAUGUGUGAACUGUGGAAAAAGUUUUAGUCGAAAACUGCAUUUAACUAGACACAUGAGAACUCAUACAGGUGAAAAGCCAUUUUCAUGUGUGACCUGUGGGAAAACUUUUAGUCGAAAAGAUGAGUUAACUCAGCACAUGAUGAUACACACAGGUGAAAAGCCGUUUUCAUGCGUGAGCUGUGGAAACAGUUUUAUUCGAAAACGGGAUUUAACUCAGCACAUGAUGAUUCACACGGGUGAAAAGCCGUUUUCAUGUGUGACCUGUGGAAACAGUUUUAUUCGAAAACAGGAUUUUACUCAGCACAUGAGGAUUCACACUGGUGAAAAGCCGUUUCCAUGUGGAAAUUGUGGAAAAAGUUUUUGUCAAAAACAACAUUUAAUUAGGCACAUGAGGAUUCACACUGGUGAAAAGCCGUUUUCAUGCGUGACCUGUGGAAAGAGUUUUCGUCAAAAACAGGAAUUAACUCGUCACAUGAUGAUUCACACUGGUGAAAAGCCGUUUUCAUGUGUGACCUGUUUAAAAAGUUUUGGUGAAAAACGGAAGUUAAUUCUGCACAUGAUGAUUCACACUGGUGAGAAGCCGUUUUCAUGUGUGACUGUGACACUCAGCAUUGUCGAGUGCCAAGGUUAA